AUGCAGUUUCCACCUAAUGUCGAUGCAUUUCAUUUCCUUUCGAUAAACUACAAAUUCUACCUCUCCUUCGAGAAUUCCAACUGUCGCAAUUACAUAACGGAAAAGGUCUAUGUCAACGCUAUGCAACACGAUAUGAUUCCCAUUGUGCUGGGUGCCUUCAAGGACGACUACGAAAGUACAUUGCCUCCACACUCGUACAUCAACGUGGAUGACUACAAGUCGAUUCGUGAAUUGACCGACUACUUGUACUACUUGGACAAAAACGACACUGCCUAUGCAGCCUACUUCGCCUGGAAGCAGUAUGGCAGACUUAUUAGCUCGAACAGAAUGGACUGUCGACUUUGCGGUUUCAUCCACAAACUAAACGCAGGAACAGUGGACUUACCAAAGCAAAACAGUACUGAGUUCUUAGAUUUUCAAAGCCUCUGCUUCGAUAGACCUCUCCUGCCUCUCAAAUAA